AUGCCCCAAUACACAUCGCGCGAUGUCGGCGACCCGUCGCAGAUCAAGAAGACCAAGCAGAGCAUGGCGGAUCUCAAGCUUCGUCGAUUGACAGAAUUGAACAAUCGGCUACGUGAAGAUCUCGAAAGAGAGCGCAUCCCCGUAAGCCAAGCAUCGAAGAGUAUCAUCGCCUAUUGCAACAGCACCAGAGACUACAUGGUGCCCAGCGUCUGGGGUCCUGUGCCAAAGGGCGAGGAUCCCUACGCACCACAACAGAGCAACGGCUGCUGUGUAGUGAUGUAG